CGGGAGGACAGAAACCGCCCGCGUCGCAACCUCCGGCGAACCACCAAUGGCGCUCUCCCUCGCGCGCAGCAGCCCCCACCCCGCCGCGGCGCUCCCGGCGCCCCGCAUUUCCCACUUCGCCACGAUCCUCCACUCCCCACGCCGCCCCUACCCCGGCCUCCGCCUCCGCCUCCGCCUACCGGCCGCCGCCGUCGCGGCCUCGUCGCCCCCGGAGGCGCAGGCCGCGGAGCCCACGGCCGCGGCGGCGGAGGGGGACGCGGAGCCGGGGAAGACGCGGCGGAAGGUCUUCGUGGGCAACAUGCCGUGGACCUUCUCCGCGGCGGAAAUCCAGAAGCUCUUCUCGGAGUGCGGCGUCGUCAAGGACGUCGAGGUUAUCAAGCUGAAGGACGGGAGGAAGAGGGGCUUCGCGUUCGUCACGAUGUCCACAACCGAAGAGGCGGCCGCCGCGGUGGAGAAGUUCAACGAACACGACCUCAUGGGAAGGAUCAUCAAGGUGGAAUUUUCGAAGAGCUUCAGAAAACCUGCCCCACCACCAUCUCCAGACACCAUUGUGGCAAAGUACAAGCUUUAUGUGUCCAAUCUUGCAUGGAAAGCAAGGUCUAACAAUCUGAAGGAGUUCUUCUCACAGUAUAACCCAGUUUCUGCUAAUGUAGUCUUUGACGAUAAAAAGUCAGCUGGGUAUGGUUUUGUUUCUUUUGGAACGAAAGAGGAAGCUGAGUCUGCUCUCAGUGAACUUGAUGGAAAGGAACUUAUGGGAAGGCCUGUUCUCCUGAGAUGGCGGGAGGAUAAGGAAGUUGUAAAGGCUGAUGGUGAAGUUGAAGGUGUGAAGGUUAGCGAUCAGCCAGAGGGUGCUGUGAUUGACAACAGUGUUGAGGAGGAUGCUGAAGAUAAACAGGAAUAGUCUAAUAGUACUGUACUGGGAGAAAGUUGAAGUAACCUUAUUGAUAAAGUGCAGUUGCGGAAACUCAUUGUACAGAUACAGAAUAGAGGUGGUAAUUGUAACCAAGGACUGAAAGACUGCAAAUCGCUUUCUGCCUCAAUGCUGGUAAGGGAAAUGGGAACAAAGCUUAUUAGCUCAAAUUAAGGUGAAACAUUGUCCUUGAGUAUCUUGCUUCAAUAUUUAAAGGGAGUGAUGUGUUUAUUGUAAUGGUCUGUACUUAUUUAUAGUUCAUUGUGACCAUGAGCUGUCUCCUGCUGAGAUACUUGUAGUUUCCUAAUUUUGGACUCAGUUCACCAUAAUAUUUCUUACCUUGCCAAUCAGCUUUAGGCAA